GGUAGCUAGCGGGCGGCGGCUUUGUCUGGCUCCCUCGCGCCCUGGCGCGGGGUCGGUCAUUCAUUUGACAUUCUGCUCCCCGGAGCGCCCGGCAGACCGGCGGCGGGAGCCGGACGCGCCUGCUGAUUCGGUGAUUUCCCCAGGAGCUGGGACUUGGGGGCUCCUGUGAGCAUCACUCGAGGGAGAGGAGGAGGCGGCAGCUUCAUUUGCUUUCUGUUUGGAAUGUGUGGUGAGCAUCCUCUGCUGGAGCUUGGGGCCUGGAGGAAACCCGGGCUGCAGAAUUAGACGUAGACGUUUGGGAGGACGUACAGCUGCAGAGGUCUGGCUCCUUAUGCCUGUGUCUUCUUCUCCGUGAGCGGCGCUCAGCUGCUUUUCGUUUAUUAUGAUUAAUUUUAGGGACACCGCCACGGGCACAGUUUUUUCUUUUCGAGUUGGGAGCCUUUGGAGUCAGCACAGAGAGCUCGCGAGUAGAGUUAAAAGGGUUCAGUCAAUAAUAAACUUGGAAAAGGACAGCGUCGGUGAUCGUAUGGACAGAGGUGAACGAGAGGCAAACUUCACCGCGGCCUUUAGCCUUUGUGGAUAAGAUUUCUGCUUUGCUCCUCUUGAGUCAUGCAAACUCGGAAUUCUUCAUCGUAGGAAACCAACCUCAGAGAGGCAAACAGGAUGGCUAGCUCCGCCCGGGAGCACCUGCUUUUCGUGCGGCGUCGAAAUCCACAGAUGCGGUACACACUGAGCCCAGAGAACCUCCAGAGCCUCGCAGCCCAGAGCUCCAUGCCGGAGAACAUGGCCCUGCAGCGAGCCAACAGCGACACGGACCUGGUGACUUCCGAGAGCCGCUCCAGCCUGACUGCCAGCAUGUACGAAUACACGCUGGGGCAAGCCCAGAACCUCAUCAUCUUCUGGGACAUUAAGGAAGAGGUAGACCCCAGCGAUUGGAUUGGCCUCUAUCACAUAGAUGAGAAUUCUCCAGCCAACUUCUGGGACUCUAAAAACAGGGGUGUGACGGGAACCCAAAAAGGACAGAUUGUAUGGAGAAUUGAGCCUGGACCCUACUUCAUGGAACCGGAGAUCAAAAUCUGUUUCAAGUACUACCAUGGCAUCAGCGGAGCCCUGCGAGCCACAACCCCCUGUAUUACUGUGAAGAACCCAGCUGUGAUGAUGGGAGCGGAAGGCAUGGAAGGAGGUGCUUCCGGAAGUCUACAUUCUCGGAAACUCGUCAGCUUCACGUUGUCAGAUCUCAGGGCAGUUGGGCUCAAGAAAGGGAUGUUCUUCAAUCCUGACCCUUAUCUUAAGAUGUCCAUUCAGCCAGGGAAGAAGAGCAGUUUCCCUACGUGUGCCCACCACGGCCAGGAGAGAAGGUCCACUAUCAUCAGCAACACCACCAAUCCCAUUUGGCACAGAGAGAAAUACUCCUUUUUUGCACUUUUAACUGAUGUCUUAGAAAUUGAAAUUAAAGACAAAUUUGCCAAGAGCCGCCCCAUCAUCAAGCGUUUCCUGGGGAAGCUGACCAUUCCGGUGCAGAGGCUGCUGGAGCGGCAGGCCAUCGGUGAUCAAAUGCUCAGCUAUAACCUCGGCAGAAGGCUCCCAGCUGACCACGUGAGUGGCUACCUCCAGUUUAAAGUAGAAGUCACAUCUUCUGUCCACGAAGAUGCAUCUCCGGAAGCUGUUGGCACCAUUCUCGGGGUCAACACUGUUAACGGAGACCUGGGCAGCCCUUCUGACGACGAGGAUAUGCCAGGGAGCCACCAUGACAGUACUGUUUGUGCUAAUGGGCCCGUGUCCGAGGACAGUGCGGCUGAGGGGACCCCCAAGCACUCUUUCAGGACUAGCUCUACUCUGGAGAUGGACACAGAGGACUUGAUCUCUACUUCCUCAAGAACCUCGCCUCCCAGAGGCCGCCAGGACUCGCUCAAUGAUUACUUGGAUGCUAUUGAACACAAUAACCCCCCCAGGCCAGGGGCAGCCGCCCCCUCUGAGCGGCCCAUAGGAGCCUCUCCCAAACUGAGGAGUAGUUUCCCCACCGACACCAGACUCAACGCAAUGCUUCAUAUAGACUCGGAUGAAGAGGACCACGAGUUCCAGCAGGACCUAGGCUACCCGUCUUCCUUGGAGGAGGAAGGAGGCCUGAUCAUGUUCAGCAGGGCAUCCAGAAGUGACGCUGGGAGCCUGGCAUCUCAGACCAAGCCAGAGGACGACAACCCCGUGGAGAAUGAGGAUGCCUCUGUGCAUGAAGCUGCCUCCUUAGAAGAGAGGCCUGAGAACCUUCCAGAGGUUGCAGACAGCUCCUUGCCCGCAAGUGCAGCCCCUGAGGACCACGAAGCCAGCCUAGAGCCCCACCCCAGUGCUGACCAGGGCGGCACUGAAUUGUCAGGCUCUCAAGAGGCCGAUCAGCCCGCAAGUGGCGCAGACACAGGAGGAGCCUCUGACACGUCUGGAGGGAGCCGCAGAGCUGCCAGUGAGACCGAGUCCCUGGACCAGGGAUCUGAACCUUCCCAGGUGUCCUCUGAGACCGAACCCAGUGACCCUGCCAGGACAGAGAGCGUGAGUGAGGCCAGCACCAGACCCGAGGGGGAGAGUGACCUGGAAGGAGCUGACAGCUCGUGCAAUGACAGCGUGACCACGCAGCUGUCCUCGGUGGACACCCGGUGCUCAUCUCUGGAGAGUGCACGAUAUCCAGAAACCCCAGCCUUUUCUUCUCAAGAAGAGGAAGAUGGGGCCUGUGCAGCCGAGCCCGCCAGCAGCGGCCCUACAGAGGGGUCGCAGGAGUCCAUUUGCACUCCAGGCUCUUUACCUGCUGUGCAGGUGCCCAGUAGGGAAGAGGAGGGGCCGGGGGCGGAAGCCGCUGCUCUAUCUGAGCAGGGGGAGCUGGGGGAGGUCUGGCAGAGGAGGGGAAGUCUGGAGGGAGCUGCUGCUGCUGCUGCUCCUGCUGCUGACGCUGCUCCUGCUGCUGACACCGAGAGCCAGCUCCAGGAAGAUGGGGAUGCUGGGGACACCCAGGGUGCCUGCGAAGGGGCCACUGCCCAGGAGGAGGGCGCCACUGGAGGUUCCCAAGCCAAUGGCCACCAGCCGUUGCGGUCACUACCUUCAGUGCGGCAGGACGUCAGCCGGUACCAGCGGGUGGACGAGGCUCUCCCACCAAACUGGGAGGCGCGCAUCGACAGCCACGGCAGGAUCUUCUACGUGGAUCAUGUAAACAGAACCACGACGUGGCAGCGGCCGACAGCUCCUCCUGCCCCCCAGGUCCUGCAGAGAUCUAAUUCCAUACAGCAAAUGGAGCAGCUGAACCGGCGUUAUCAGAGCAUCCGCAGGACCAUGACUGACGAGAGGCCCGAGGAAAGUGCCAGUGCCAUGGACGGGACAGGGGAGGAAGCCGACUUCCACCAAGCCAGCGCAGACUUCCGCCGGGAGAAUGUCCUGCCUCACUCUACCUCCAGAUCCAGGCUCACGCUGCUGUUACAGUCGCCCCCUGUGAAGUUCCUCAUCAGCCCAGAGUUCUUCACUGUGCUGCAUUCUAACCCUAGUGCCUACCGCAUGUUUACAAACAACACGUGUCUGAAGCACAUGAUCACCAAAGUCCGGCGGGACACCCACCACUUUGAACGCUAUCAGCAUAACAGGGACCUCGUGGGAUUCCUGAACAUGUUUGCGAACAAACAGCUGGAACUACCAAGGGGCUGGGAGAUGAAACAUGAUCAUCAGGGCAAGGCAUUUUUCGUCGACCACAACUCCCGAACCACCACGUUCAUUGACCCUCGGCUCCCGCUCCAGAGCAGUCGACCCACGAGCGCGCUGGUUCAUCGGCAACACCUGACGAGGCAGCGCAGCCACAGUGCCGGGGAGGUAGGAGAAGACUCUCGGCAUGCGGGACCACCAGUUCUUCCCAGACCGUCCAGUACGUUCAAUACAGUCAGCAGGCCGCAGUACCAGGACAUGGUUCCAGUGGCCUACAAUGACAAAAUUGUUGCAUUUUUGCGUCAACCCAACAUCUUUGAAAUUCUCCAAGAGCGUCAGCCUGAUCUUACUAGAAACCACUCACUCAGGGAGAAGAUACAAUUUAUCCGAACUGAAGGGACCCCUGGAUUGGUGCGGCUUUCGAGUGAUGCAGACCUGGUCAUGUUACUGAGCUUGUUUGAGGAAGAGAUAAUGUCAUAUGUGCCUCCACAUGCCUUACUCCACCCCAGCUACUGUCAGUCCCCGCGAGGUUCCCCAGUGUCAUCUCCCCAGAACUCACCAGGUACUCAGCGUGCCAAUGCCCGGGCGCCAGCCCCUUACAAGAGAGAUUUCGAAGCCAAACUGAGGAACUUUUACAGGAAGUUAGAAACAAAAGGAUAUGGACAAGGCCCGGGGAAAUUAAAGUUAAUUAUCCGAAGGGACCACCUGCUGGAAGAUGCUUUCAAUCAGAUUAUGGGCUACUCCAGAAAAGACCUGCAGAGGAAUAAACUGUAUGUCACCUUCGUCGGGGAAGAAGGGUUGGAUUACAGUGGGCCUUCCAGAGAAUUCUUCUUCCUGGUAUCCAGAGAACUCUUUAACCCCUAUUAUGGCUUAUUUGAAUAUUCAGCCAACGACACAUACACAGUACAAAUAAGUCCUAUGUCUGCUUUUGUAGACAAUCACCACGAAUGGUUCCGGUUCAGUGGGAGGAUCCUCGGUCUUGCACUAAUACACCAGUAUUUAUUGGACGCCUUCUUCACGCGACCCUUCUAUAAGGCUCUUCUCAGAAUCCUGUGUGACCUGAGUGAUCUAGAGUACCUUGAUGAGGAGUUCCACCAAAGCCUUCAGUGGAUGAAAGACAAUGACAUCCAUGACAUCCUAGACCUCACGUUCACGGUGAACGAAGAAGUUUUUGGACAGAUCACCGAGCGAGAGUUAAAACCCGGGGGAGCCAAUAUUCCAGUCACAGAGAAGAACAAGAAGGAGUACAUAGAGAGGAUGGUGAAGUGGAGGAUUGAGAGGGGCGUGGUGCAGCAGACCGAGAGCCUGGUCCGCGGUUUCUAUGAGGUGGUCGAUGCCAGGCUCGUGUCUGUCUUCGACGCGCGGGAACUGGAGCUGGUCAUCGCGGGCACAGCUGAAAUCGACCUCAAUGACUGGAGGAACAACACCGAGUACAGAGGCGGGUACCAUGACAAUCACAUCGUAAUUCGGUGGUUCUGGGCUGCUGUGGAACGAUUCAACAAUGAGCAGCGACUCAGGUUGUUGCAGUUCGUUACCGGCACAUCCAGCAUUCCCUAUGAAGGAUUUGCUUCUCUCCGAGGGAGUAAUGGCCCAAGAAGGUUCUGUGUGGAGAAAUGGGGGAAAAUCACCGCUCUUCCCAGAGCCCACACGUGUUUUAACCGCCUGGAUCUUCCUCCGUACCCUUCCUUUUCCAUGCUCUAUGAGAAGCUCUUGACCGCGGUUGAAGAGACCAGUACCUUUGGCCUGGAGUGACCUGGGAGCGUGAUGCUCAGCUCUUCGUGCUGGACAGGCAGUUUCAGAAGCCGGCCUUCAGAAGAGUGGCAGAGCGUUGGAAAUCCCAAGCCUAGGGUUCUGUUAGAACAAACUGAGUGCUGCUCUUCGGGAACACGUGCUCGUUCGUGGGUUUGGGGACUGGCCGUGAGUCCUCUGGCAAGGACGGGGUGAGCUCGGUGCCCAUGGAACAACCCAACAGUCUUUCAGUCAACAGUUCCUGACUGCCAAACCUUUCCCAUUUGUUAUGUUUGAAGAUAAAGGGGGAACCUGCACAUGAUCAACUCCAUGGUGACUUUUAGGGCCUUGGGAGAAUCUUGACACUCUCCUGGAAACAUACUUCAAGCCAAACUGGCAGCCCUUGACCCCAUCUCUAAAUUAGUGCAAGUGAGAGAAAAACAUAAAGAAAAAAUAUCUAUUUCCUGACAGUACCUUUGUUUAAGCCCUAAGUUAUAACAGAAUAUUCAUUUCUUGCUUACGAGUGCCUGCAUGGUGUGCACUAUAGGUUUCAUUAUUCACGGGACAAGGGUGAAAAUGAAACCAGGUCAGUAUGAGGUAACUUUAAAGAUUUGCAAUAAGGUGGUCUGUAACAAUGUAUAUGCAAGUGUAUGUGUGUACUUCUGGCUGAAGACAAACUGUUAUUCAAUGAAUUCACUAAUGACAGAUUUUAUGCUUUAUAAUGCAUGAAAACAAUUUUAAAAUAACUAGCAAUUAAUCACAGCAUAUCAGGAAAAUGUACACAGUGAGUUCUGUUUACUUUUUAUAGGUUCAUUAUGUUUCUGUUCUUGAAAAUGUAUAUAAGGACCUACCUACCAUGUUGUAUGUACCACCUCUCCAUUUUCAUGUUCCAUGCUUACUUGGGCAUCUUGCUAGUACGUAUCCUUUGAAGCACGCUCAAGGGAACUAAAGGGCCUUUUAUUUUUAUAAAGGGUAAAACAAUUCCCCAGAAUAUUUUGCACUGAACGUACCAAAGUCGAAGGGACAUUACAGUAUGACCAACAGCCGCGCCGUCACUUGAUGGGUACAACAGAAGUAGCUUCUAAGUCAGACUUCCUUCACAGUGCCAUGUCAACCACUGCAAGGACUGUGCAUCUGAGUAAUAAUUUUUUAAGACUCACAAUAUGUGAUAGUAUGAUAUGCAUUUAUUUAAAAUGCAUUAGAUUCUCUUCCAUCCAUCAAAUACUUUACAGGAUGGCAUUUAUUAUAGAUAUUUCGUAUUCCCCCACUGCUUUUUAUUUGUACAGCAUCAUCGAACACUCAGCUUGGUUAGGGAGCCAUUGGCAGUGCCGGGGAGAUCAGCUCUCUUAGGAGUAAGAAUUCCACCUUCCCUCAUCGGUGAAGAUCCCGUGAAUUGAAACUCUCAGUACUAUAUUUCUAAGCCCGCAGUUUCACUGAUGCAUAAUUUUUCUUAUUAAUAUCAAGAAAAAAUUUUUCUAUGGUCUCUCAGAAACUGCAUGACAUCCCUGACAAGACUUCUUAAUUUGAUGAAAGGAUUUCCUUCAUUUUAAUUGCUUUGGGGACUGUCCCAUGCCAUUGUUUGUUCCUUGAUUUGUGACAUAACUAAUCAGACACACAAUACAGUCAAGUGAAUUGAGGGUGGGAAAACCAUUGGGUUAACAUUCAGUUUGCCAGUCUGGGGGGUUACAGGCGUUACCUGAACAUUGCUUUGAGAAUCUUGUUUGUAAGUGUCGUUGACUUCCUGUUGUGGGAUGGGGGUGACUUUACAUUUCAUGGGGUUCCAUGCACAGUCCGCAGAGGUGUUUUGUAAGAACAGUUACUCUCCUGCUAGUUAAGUAAGCUGUGUUUACUGUUGGGACCCUCAAGAGGAAUGGCACCUCAUGUUGUGUUACUGUGUUAAAGAUAAGUACUGGAUGUGGGAGAACGUUCCAGGAGAAAAAAAAAUGAUAGAAACCUGGAAAAGAUAUAUAGAAUAUUUAUUUGUAUACCAUAAUUGGGCCAGAAAAAAAGAUCGACUAAAACUUUUUGACUGGAAUUAUUAGUUUGUACUUAUUUGUCAUGAAUACAAGUAUAUAUUUAAUUUUUGCAAA